AUGCAAAUCAUUGCUUCUACACAGUGCGCAAGAAGAGUGAGAAAUUUACAGGAAGAUCUUGCAACGGCACUUGUUCGAGUGUUGCAUAAACAGAAACUUGCCAAUGACUUCCUUUGUGAAUUGGUCAUGUCUGAAGUGGACUCCCUCGAUAACGACCACUUGAUGUUCCGUGGGAACUCGCUGGCGACAAAAGCGAUGGAGGCUUAUAUGAAACUCAUCGCAGACGAGUAUCUACAAUCAGUGCUUGGCGAUUUUGUACAGAAUGUCCUUUCGUCCAAUGAAUCAUGCGAGGUAGACCCCUUGAAAUUGAACGGUGCGUCAUCAUCAACACUCGAAAAGCACCGAAUCCAUCUAACAAGAUUAGUUGAGCAUGCAUGGGAUAAAAUCAUUGGAAGUACUUCUGCUUUCCCAAUGGAGCUGCGGAUGGUGUUUGGAUCGCUUCGAGAGAGAUUAGAAUCGCAAGGUCGAAGUUCACUGGCUGACACUCUGAUAUCCUCUUCAAUAUUCCUGCGAUAUCUUUGCCCAGCAAUUCUUAGUCCAAGUCUUUUCAAUCUGGUAACGGAGUACCCUAGUGGUGUGAUGGCCAGAAAUCUCACUCUCAUUGCCAAAACGCUGCAGAACCUCGCGAACUUCACAAAAUUUGGUGGUAAAGAACACUACAUGGAAUUCAUGAAUAGUUUUGUUGAAAGAGAAUGGCAGCGCAUGAAAGACUUUCUUCGCCGAAUAUCCACAGGGUAA